UGUUUUCUGCACAUAAGGGAGACAGAACACUGGAAAGCCGGUAAAAGUUCCCAUCGAACAUUGAAUGGGAGUUUGAUGUGCCUGUAGAGUGUGUAGUGUAGAUAAUUCACUCAGCUUUCCAUUAAGGAUUUAGGUGAUUAACCUUUAAAUCUCUCACUCAAUGGACUCAAUGCACUCGCUACGUCCAUAAUAUACAUAUAAAAACAGAAUUAUAAAAAUCCCGCCACAUUCUCAAAAAUAAGUAGAGCCCAAAAACCAGAACGGAUCCCUCAUCCAACCCUGCACGUAGGAACCUUCCUCUCCCCUUUCCUCCCCUGCAACUUGCAACCCCAAUAAAACCCCACCUCUAAUUCACUCCUCUUGUGCUUUCUCACCUCUUUUUCUAAUGGAAAACAUCGAUGGAAUCUCCAAACAAGUCUCCAAUAACAGCAGCUACGCUUAUAAUGGGAAGAUCAUACUUUGUUCAGGGAUCAUCCUCUUCACAGUCAUCGUCAUCAUGGUUUUUUUCCAUAGUUAUGCUCGUUGGAUCUUCAAACGCCGCCAGCGCCGUCGCCACCUUCUUUCUCCCUCCAUCACCCCUUCCACUCCCGGUGUUGCCGACCGAGCGCUUGACCCAUCUGUUUUGGAAACUCUUCCUACUUUGGUUUACAGUUCGAAAACGCAGGACUCAGUGCUCGAAUGCGCCGUUUGCUUAUCCGAAUUCCAAGAUGGUGAGAAGGGGCGAGUGUUGCCCAAUUGUAAGCACACUUUUCAUGUUUGCUGUAUCGAUAUUUGGUUUCACUCUCACUCCAACUGUCCGCUCUGUAGAGCGCCAGUUCAAUCAUACAAAGUUCCCGAAACAUGUACCGAAACAGUGGUACCAGUGGUUGAAGAGGCCAGUUUACAGCUUGAAUCGAGGCAGAACAAAGAAGAUGAUGGGGGUUGCUCUGCUUCUUCGUCGCCGGCGAGUUUAUCCCGGAAGUCAUCAGACCUGGCGGGUAUAUUUGUGGUCGUGGAGGUACCCACGGCCACAGCCCACAGGUGAUGAAAGGCUUAAGGGUUUGGUGGGCAUGGGCCUUGGUUCCCAGGUGGAUCCGGUUCCUGCUUUCUAAGUAAAAACCUGGUUUGUUGUUCUGGGCCUUUUUGAGUCAGAGUUACAUCUUGUGGGCCUAUUCUUCAAUUGCCAUGGCCAUCCCACAAGAAAUUGGGCUGGCCACCCGCAAUAGCUCAUUGAGCCGAGCUGUUACUUUCCAAUUUUGUAAAUAACAAUUUCUAUAGUUGAUCGAA